GACAGAAAAGUCGCAUUUCACAGCUGGUUAAAAACAAACAUCCAAUUCCAAUCCUGUCCUCGGUUCCAAACAGCAACACUUUUUUAAGUGAAAGCCAUUUCUAAGAUCCGAUUUACACGUAAGAGUUUAUGAGUUCAUUGACUCGGUGGACCACCUUAACAGCGCUCGGCCCGCCCCCGGAGCUGGCUGUGGUCUCUGUGAUUGGCUGGGACCUCUCGCAUGGAAGUGGCAGCAGAAAUGCAAAACUUGUUGCUGGCUCCUCCAGACGCGUUGAUCUCACACAGCGCCGAGCGAGCGGCAGAGCGGAGUGCGUCUGCGGAUCGUUCCCCGGGGCGCGCUCACACCUCACCACAGAGCAGACGGACACAUGACGGGACGCACCGAGAGGACGUAAGGCGCGGAGCUUCAGUGCACAGGAGGAUGCUUCCAGGCGGCACGCUGUACGUGGAGUGCGGGUAGUGCGCGCCACGCUGCUCCGGGCUCGGGUCUCCAAAAAAAAAACGCACGCUCGGAUUCUCCGGCACCGGGUUGGAGCGCCCAGUUUGUGGACUUGUGAGCACUCUGGACUUUUGGUUGUAAGCCCAACGGACAUUUUUAUUUUUUACAUUUUAUUUUUUACUGACUUUUUCAAGGACAAAAGUGGGCAGCGUGUCUUCUAAGACUGAUUUUUACGCGCAAACCCACAGAAGCAGAUCUCGCUCCACGGCUCCACGUUCCAUUUUCCUGCAGUUUCCAGCAUGGGACCAUAACAGAAAAUAAUAAUAAUUAAAAAAGAAAACGAACUUUGGACAUUUAUCAAGAUAAAAUAAUGAAUUCAUGAGAAAACAAAAAGCGUUGUCCUGUGUUUGAUCUCAUCCAGCCUUUGCGCCCUCCUGUUAGUUUGUUUAGUGGCAGUUUUGUGUGCUUGCGCUGUAGAAGUGCGCACAGAGAAAAUGCUCAGGAGUGUGAGAUUUUACGCAACAGUGCUUCAUUUUUUGUCUGAUCAAAUGUAAAAAAAGAAAAGAAAAAAAGGAUUGUAGUGGCUUGUACGCAUUCAUGCAGGAGCAGGCGCGCAGCCUGCGUGCGUAUUUGGACACGGUCUGUCCCCUGUCUGCUCCGCGUCCUUGGAGAACUUAAGAAAAAAAAAGAUUUAUUCACUUUAAUGAAAGUGUUGACAGUUAAACUUUACUAAGUGUUUUAUUAUCAGUGUGAUACAAACAUUUCAAUAGCCUGUUGUGUAUCAGUUUUUUCUUGUUUUGCUUUUGGGGACAGACAAAAAAAAAAAAAAACUGUCUGGCAAACUCGCCGUCAUGUGGGAUUGAUUGCAGAGGAGUAUGUUUGGGCUGGAGCAGUUUGGUUCUCAAAUUAAUAGCAGAAACCCUGGCCAGUCAGAGAGAAACAUAAACCAACAAAGGAUGAACAUGGGCUCCCAUUAUAAAAGCCCAGGCUUUCAUGCUGGAGGCCCUCCCGGAGCCGUGGAGCCAGGCAUGGGCCCUAUGAGUGAACCGCAAAUGCUGGGGCUCAACAUGAACAUGAACGGAGAACCCUAUGGAGGGUUUCACCCACGGGGACACCCAGACAUGCACGCAGGCGGCGGGCUCCAGCAGCAGCAGCAGCAGCAAGGACCGAUGCAUGGAUUUUUUAACAACCAGCAACCUCAUCAAGGACAUCCACACGGCCAUCCACCUCACCCCCACCAACAUCACCCUCACUUCAGUGGAAGUUUUGGAGGCCCUGAGCCAGGGUCAUCCUGCCUGCAUGGUGGCAGGCUAAUGGGCUACAACAACAAUGGCAUGGGACCACAGCAGGGCUUUGGAGAAGGAUUUGAUCCUCACGCUGAAGGGCCGGCAGGGGAUGGCUUCCCCCAGCCGCAGACGCAGCAGCAGAGGCCGGGUAACCUUCCUGACUUUCAACAUCACGGGCCUCCCAGUGGCAACGCCGCCGUCCCCGCACCCUGCCUCCCCUUGGACCAAUCACCCAACAGAGCUGCAUCCUUCCAUGGUCUUCCUUCAUCCUCAUCCACCUCAUCCGAGCCACACGGUUUGGAGCAUCGGCGCAUCCCAAACCAGGGAGCCGUGGAGGGAUUAGAGUACAACUUCCCAAGUGAGCCUGCGUCUGGACAUUUUGAUGUACCUGUGUUCUCUCCAUCAGAGUCAGAAUCUCAGUUACCGCAUUUUGGGCCGGGUAGGCCUGUUCCCAGUGGAAGUUUUCCAGGAAAUCCGGGCAUGCCACGGACACCAGGCAUGCAGGGCAUAUCUAAGGGACACCAGCCUCCGCCGCCGCCCCAGCAGCCUCAGCACGGGGUGUUCUUUGAACGUUUCGGAAACGGCCGGAAAGUGCCUGUGGGAAUGGAGCCGGGGGUCAACACAAGACAUCCCCUCAUGCAGCAGCAACAACACGCUGGCUUGAUAGCCAGACAGAACUCGUGCCCCCCUGGCCUCCCCCGACCCCCCCAGACUGAACCCGGCCCCACUAACUCUAACAUUCUAGAUGGAGGGGUCAUGAUGCCUGGCCAACAUAACCAAUUUGAAUAUCCCAUUCACAGACUGGAAAAUAGAGGUUUGCACCCCUAUGGGGACCCAAUGUUUAAUAUGCAACAGCCUGCUCCUCCUCCCUCCCAACAGCCCCCGAAUCAGAGGCUGCAACACUUUGACUCUCCUUACAUUAACAUGGCGAAGCGGCCCCGAUUUGAUUUCCCAAACACACAUAGCGGUGAAGGCUGGUGCAACUCCAUGGAAAACCACCUCUCUCCGUCUGCAUAUCCAGGCCUUCCUGGAGAGUUCACCCCACCCGUGAACGAAGGUUUCGCUCCGGGUCCCCUGCAGCACCCGGGACCCGAGCCACAGUCUCUGCAGCAGCGUCAGAACGCAGCCAUGAUGAUAAAACAGAUGGCGUCACGCAACCAGCAGCAGAGGAUGAGGCAGCCCAGUCUGCAGCAGUUGGGUCAUCAUGGCGAGGUCCCUCCUGGCCCUCUGGCUCAUGGGGCCCCGGUUGGGAGCAUGCCUCAGCCCAACUUUGAGAGGGAGAACAGUGGCAGGAUGCCCAACAUCGAUGGACAAAAUCCUCAUGUAACUCAGGAGAACUCCUGGUUUCAGGGGUCCCACCCACCAGGAGAAAUGAUGUCACGGCGCAUGGGUGGAGCAGGUAAUGAGUCAGGGCCUCACGACUUAGGACUGCAGCAGAACGGGGCUGGGAUGAUGUUCAGGCCAGGCAUCGGGAUGCAGGAGCCCAUGAGAAUAGCAGGAGACGGACAUGUACAGAACCUGCACUCCCCUGGCAUGCACUCCCAGUUCAGUGGGAACAUGGGCAACCUCUCCCAGAUGCAGUCUCCAGGAGCAGGACAUCCGAACGCACCAGCAGAGAGGAGGCCGGCUGACUUUCCUGCAGCUCCUAUGGGAGCACAGCCAACAUUUUCCUAUGGGGGGGCUAACCGACAGGGGCCAGCACAUAGUGCUCCUCAGGGGGUGAACACCUCACCAGGGAGCUACCCCCCUCCGUCUGAGUUCCCCUCAGGCCAGCGGUCAUCUGUUAGUAAGCUCGGAGCUCUGUCCCUCGGGAACUUCACCAAAACCAGCACUAAGGACAGUGUUUUUGGUCAGAGCUGCCUCGCAGCGCUGUCCACGGCCUGCCAGAACAUGAUCGCCAGUUUAGGGGCUCCCAAUCUAAACGUAACAUUCAACAAGAAGAACCAAAACGAGGGCAAGAGAAAACUAAGUCAGACAGAACAGGACAUUAAUAGCAACACGUCGAAUGGGACGGGCAGUGCUGGUCCAGAAUAUUUUCAAAGCAGCACUUCCCAGAACAGCCAGAUGCCUGGCACCGGGAAUAGCAACUCUAAGCCUGCAAGUCAAAGUCAGACGGUGCAGGGGGAAGCCAGUGCCCUCUCCCCAAACUACAACAUGGACGCUACCCCGUGCAGUGAGGGUAAGACAACAACAGGGAAUGGGAGAGGGAGAGGGAGGAGAAAAAGAGACAGCGGACAUGUCAGCCCUGGAAUUUUUUUUUCCUCUGAUAACGGAAACCCUGUUGUGAGUCCAGGCCAGCAGACCCCCUCAGCUGGCCUUGGGGAGAGGGGUGGGGGCACACCCCAUGAGAAACACCUCCAGUCCCCCUCUUGGGGGAAAGGGGGCGACUUAAUUUUGGGGGACCAAGCUGACCUCAUGUCGUCUUUAGACAGCGGCAUUCAAAGUGUCGCUGCCAAGUCUGAUAGUAGUUCGCCCAGAGUGGACUUUCCUGACGAUGUCAGCACCCACUACGGCAACGAGGACGAGGUGUCAUCCAGCUCGGAUGCAGGAGGGGCCUCCACCAGCAAGCCCAAUCGCAGCCCCAUGAUCGGUGGCUCGCCUAAGAUGCAGAGGAGCGACCAGCACGGACAGUUAAACGGACAAAAACCCCACGGCAUGGCCAUCAAUAAUCAUACUACCUCCACACCAGAAAGCUACGGACUGAAUUCUGGUGUGAGCACAGGUGCCAGUGGGGUGAGCCAUCCAGGCACACCUGGAGUGGAGCAGGUACGCACGCCAUCCAGCACCUCAGGCCAGGAAGAAAUCCACCCUCUGGAGAUUCUGCAGGCCCAAAUCCAGCUGCAGCGGCAGCAGUUCAGCAUCUCAGAAGACCAGCCCCUGGCCAUGAAGAAUGGCAAGAAGAGUGGCGACUGUCCCUCGCAGAACGGAGACAACGAGCUGGCAAGCUGCAGCCCGGAUGCUGGGAAGGGCUCAAUGGGCACUAUUGACCUUGACACCCUCAUGGCAGAGCAGCACGCCACCUGGUACGUGCCCAGCGACAAGGCAAUGAUGGACGGGUCAGAAGACGACAAGGCCAUGGCAUCCUGGGAAAAAAAUAAAAGCCAAAACAACUGUAAAGAAGAAUCGGAGCUCUGCCAGAGUAAAGCUGGAGCUGCAACCUCGGGAGCUGGAGGAGGAGGAGGAGGCGGCGGAGGAGGAGGAGGAGGUGGAGGAAGCCACCUGCAGUGCCUGUCCGUCCACUGCACCGACGAGUUGGGGGACAGUAAAGGGCGAGGGGCGCCUGUCUCCUCUUGGCGCUCGCUCCACUCUGAUAUUUCAAACCGAUUCGGGACGUUUGUGGCAGCGCUGACUUGAGCAAAAGAGGAGUAAAGACGGACGUAGAGAAACAGCAGCAGACGGCGGCGAUGGUUUGUCUGCCGGCUCGACAGAGACAUUUGACGCUCAUCAAUGCAAACUUAAACACACGCGCACGCAACCCACACACAUAAAACGCCAUGUUAUUUUCUGAAACAUGCAGCCGCAUGUCAGACAGCUUACAUGCUGCUGGACGGUGCAGCGUGGACCUGACUCGACGGUCUCCACAUCUGGAAAAACCUCAAAUCAUUUUUUUUCUCUUAUUUUCUUUGUUGGAAAAAAAAUAUGAGAAGGAGGAGAACUACACAAAGAGAGGGCAGUUGUCAUUGGCUUUGAUUGUAUGCCGGUGUUUAGUAAAAGUGAUGCAAUUUCAACUUCAUGAUUUCCCCUUUUUUCCUUUUUGAGUCCUGCCGGUUGUAAUGCACACUUAAUGUGCGUAUUAUACCCCUGGUGGAGGCAAUUGAUGCCCAUUUGAAGUCGAAAAUAGUUUCUCUUAAAUUCACAGGGUCUUACAAGUUUGUAUCACUGAGUCGGAUGAGAACAGCAAAGCAGCGAGAGGGAAUAUGCAUGAAUGUAACAGUUUCUUGUAAACGCAUUGCGUCCUUCGUUAAGUCAAAAGUUAGCCUCUGUGAUCUGCUGCUCUCAGACCUAACACCCACUAAACUUCUUUGUUAUUAUUAUUUUUUUAAGAUGGAAAAUGUGUUUCCUUCAUUCUCUUUUCUUGUCCUUCAUCUUCACACUGUGUGAGUUCAGCUGCUUGUAUACAGUUCAGCCAAUGGGAACUGAGAAGUGGUGGAGGUCAGGGGUUUAUUCAGUGAGGGAUUAUAAAAAACAAACAAACAAAAAAAAGGUUGUUGGUAUUGCACAUGUAUAAUAAAGAGAAAAAUUUGCUGUGUGUUAGGCAAUCUUGUAAUCUUUAAAUAAAGCUUCUGUUAAAUUUGAAUUUCUCAAACAAUAGAUGGAGGACUGUGACGGCAAUUUACAAACAGAUUUUUUUUUUUGUUGUUUCCUUUUUUUAAUAAUAUGUAAAGUGCAGUCGUCUGUUUUCCUUCAUAUUGUAUAUAUCUGUAUAUGUUUUAUUGAGUAACUAAAUAACAAUAAAUAUGAUGUUAAAGGUGA